AUGCUGUGUGCGAGCCUGCCCAGCCUGCGUCUGCUGCUCGUCAGCGUCUGGCCCCGACGUCGGUCUACGGUGUCGGAGAGCUUCUUCAGCAAGGACAGUCCGAAACAUAGGUGGACUCGGUCUGUUGACAGACUGAGGCGACACAAGACGCAGAUACGCAGAGACAGCGGCCCCGGGCCGCAGCACACGGGCGACGGCGUGCUUGUGACGACCACGGUGGAGGUCGAUCGGCAGUCCUACGUGGCUCUCGACGUGCCGCCCUUCCCACCGCCUGCCUAUUCUGGGCGUGGCAACAACACAUAG